GCCCGGCACGCGCGCGCGCGGGCCCCCGGUGGGCGCCGCCGCGCCGGCCCAGGCCCGCGACUUCAGCCCGGGACCAGCCCCCCGGGAUGCGGUAGCGGCCGCCGGGCCCCGGCCGCCGAGCAGCUGCAGCCGCCGCCGCGCAGACCCGCGCUGGCUCCGUGCGCCAUGGUCACCCACAGCAAGUUUCCCGCCGCCGGGAUGAGCCGCCCGCUGGACGCCAGCCUGCGCCUCAAGACCUUCCGCUCCAAGAGCGAGUACCAGCUGGUGGUGAACGCCGUGCGCAAGCUGCAGGAGAGCGGCUUCUACUGGAGCGCCGUGACCGGCGGCGAGGCCAACCUCCUGCUCAGCGCCGAGCCGGCCGGCACCUUCCUCAUCCGCGACAGCUCGGACCAGCGCCACUUCUUCACGCUCAGCGUCAAGACGCAGUCGGGCACCAAGAACCUGCGCAUCCAGUGCGAGGGCGGCAGCUUCUCCCUGCAGAGCGACCCCCGCAGCACGCAGCCCGUGCCGCGCUUCGACUGCGUGCUCAAGCUGGUGCACCAUUACAUGCCGCCCCCCGGCGCCCCCGCCGCGCCGCCGGCGCCCCCCGAGCCAGCCGCGCCGCCCUCCGCCGAGGUGCCAGAGCAGCCGCCCCCCGGCGCCCCGCCCCGGAGAGCCUAUUACAUCUACUCGGGGGGCGAGAAGAUCCCCCUGGUCCUGAGCCGGCCCCUCUCCUCCAACGUGGCCACGCUCCAGCAUCUCUGUCGGAAGACAGUCAACGGUCACCUGGGCUCCUACGAGAAGGUCACCCAGCUGCCCGGGCCCAUCCGGGAGUUCCUGGAUCAGUACGACGCCCCGCUUUAGGGAGCCGCCGCCUGGGUGCCCGCCCCCCGGCCGUGCCCGGUGUAAGCACACGAAUCCGGCAGGACAGCCCCGGCCGCAGCCACACGAGCCCUCGGAGCUGGAAGGUGUCCUGAGCGCCCCUCCCGGGGCUGCGCCGCCCCCUGCCCCUCUGCCGCUGCCUGGGGAGCCGGAGGACUGCCAGGCGUGGGGGUCUUCAGACUCCCCAGUGGAACUUGUUUGCUCUUUGGUUUGGUUUGAAACGAGCUUUAAACCUGAGCAGGCCUGGGGGGCCUGGGGAAGGGUAGGUAAGAGGGCGCCUGGGGGUCCCCAGGGACAGCAGGCCGGCCGAGGAAGCCGCCACCACAGCGAUGACGAGGAGGAGGCCCCGGCCCCGGGGAGGAGGGCCCCCAUCUGCCUCCCCGUGGGGUACCCCCAGCCCAGAGCCCAGAGCCGGCUGGCACCCUGUCCGGGCGCCUUCUUCCGUUUUAAGGGAGAUGUGAUGGGCUGUCCGGCUGCGGCGCUGUUCUCUGCCCCCGAGGGACGCAGUGAGCGGCCGCCUCUGACCCCUGACCCCUGACCCAGGAUGGGGACCCCACUUCGAGCCUCCUUGCUGCCAGGAGAUUUGCCUUAAAUGCUCCCUGUCCUGGGAUCGGGGCGGCACACGGAAGCCCACUCGCAGCCAGCCCUGACGAGGCGGAGGGUUCUGGGGGCCCCCGUUGCCCACCCUCGGUGGGAGGGGUCCCCCUGGCCCGCUCUUCCUGGGGGUGGGGGCCGGGCACUGCCUGGAGCACCCGCUGCGCCACCCCCGGCACUGAUGCUUACAGGAAUGUAGCCGCAGGGGAAUUACCUGGAACCGUGUGUGGGGGUAACACAAAGUUUUCUGUGUCAGGUAUUGGGGGGCGGCAGCAGUGAGUUGGGGUGUUUAUUUUUCUGUUAUUUUGUUCAGUUUUACCGUCAUUGUUUUGUAAUAAUGUUUACAAUCUGCCUCAAUCACUCUGUCUUUUAUAAAGAUUCCACCUCCAGCCCCCCGCCCCCCGGCCUUCGAGGCUGUUCGGAGAUGCUUGAAGUGAACAAAUACCCAUCCAAGUCAAACUUUGCACAUAUUUAUAUUUAUAUUCAGAGGAGUCUUUCAGUAAUUUAUAAUAAAGAGCACUAUUUUUUAA